AUGCCCAGCGUGCCCUCCCGCCGUGCAGAAUCGGUUCCUCCUUUGCCUAACGCCGGCGCAGGAAGUGUGGGUACCCGAAGGAAGGAGCUGAAGGAAAUCCUCCUGCAGAGCAACAGCCCUGGCAGCACCAUGAGGUUUGCCACCACACAGAAGACAUCCAGCGGCAGCAGUGUCCUUGCAGGGCUGCGUCAAGAACAGAAGCCUGAGCAGAGCCCCGAGGUGCUCUCCCUUGCCCUGGAUCCCCUGGAGCACGGGCUGCUGACGGUGGCUGAGGGUGAUGCGGACAACAUCGUCAGGCUGCUGGACCUGGACCCCAGCCUGCUGACCAGGAAAGACUUUGUGACAGGCUUCACCGCUCUCCACUGGCUUGCCAAGCAUGGCCGUCAUGAAAGUUUCAUCCGGGUCAUCUCCCAUGCCCAGAAGAAGGGCUAUCCUGUCAAUGUGAACAUCCCCACAGCCAGUGGUGGGCUCACCCCCUUGCACCUGGCUGCCCUUCAGGGGCACGAGCUGCUCAUCAAAGCUAGGGACCACAACGGCCGCAAGGCUUGGCAGUACCUGAGGGCAGACACCUCCAGGGAGCUGAAGGAGCUGGCGGGGGCCUUGGAGGAGGACUUGGUCCAGUUGUGCUCUCACAACACCAACAACAACUCCCACCAGACCCCCAUGGUGGGACGUCACAUGCUGGCCUUGCUGUGA